UUUUUUUUUUUCCUUCCUCUUUACAAAAUUCAAGUCAUGGUUGCUUUGAACUUACCUGCUGACGUCUUGGCCAGCGCUGAUGGCUCUCGCAAGCUUUUCAACAAGUGGUCUUAUGAAGAUGUUGAAGUUAAGGAUAUCUCUCUCCAAGAUUACAUCCAAGUCCGUCAACAUGUGUACUUGCCCCACACUGCUGGUCGUUUUGCUGCUAAGCGUUUCCGUAAGGCUCAAUGCCCUAUUGUCGAACGUUUGACCAACUCCCUUAUGAUGCACGGUCGUAACAACGGUAAGAAGUUGUUGGCUGCUCGUAUUGUUCAACAUGCCUUUGAAAUCAUCAACUUGUUGACCGACCAAAACCCCGUCCAAGUCCUCGUCGAUGCUAUCAUCAACACUGGUCCUCGUGAAGACUCUACUCGUAUUGGUUCUCAAGGUACUGUCCGUCGUCAAGCUGUCGAUGUUUCUCCUCUCCGUCGUGUCAACCAAUCCAUCGCUCUUCUCACCACUGGUACUCGUGAAGCUGCUUUCCGUAACGUCAAGACCAUUGCUGAAUGCCUCGCUGAUGAAUUGAUCAACGCUGCCAAGGGAUCUUCCAACUCUUACGCCAUCAAGAAGAAGGAUGAACUUGAACGUGUUGCCAAGUCUAACCGAUAAAUAUCUUUUACAUAUUUAUCAUUCAUUUUGUAUACAAUUUUUUGCCCAG